AUGUACGAAGGGAUUGACAACCUGAAAUCCCUUUACGACCGUGCCGGGAAGACUUUCUCCGGCGGUCCUUCUGCGGCACAGGAUGUGCCGCGUCGUACUGCUCAACCAGACCCAGUACGUCAACCAUCAGUUGGGAGCGGGGCUCCCAAGUAUCCCAGGACGGGGGAUAGCCGCGCCACCGGACGAUAUAACUCGUCCGACGUCCGUUCACGUCGCGGUGGUUUAACAGCUGCUCAACCAGAUAGCGCUGGCCACCGCGAGAGUCCUCUAAUGGAGGUGGAGGAGGAGGGAAGACGCUCUCCACACAAUCGUGGGGAUCCGUGUGUUCCCAAGAGCUUCUUUGAUCGCGUAACGCAAGCGUUACGCGGCGAUCUCGAACAUGAGCGGGACAGGCGUCUCCAAAUGGCGGACACUGUCUCGAAGCAUUGA